ACUGUGGGGCUAGGUGAAGGAGUACACAGCUGAAAGAUGAAGCUAGGGGGGUUAACAUCUCAGUCACGCUCUCAGUAACAAAGGUUGAAAUGUUUAGAUUUGCAACAUCUAAUAAUAAAAAGCAAGAGUUAUGUCGCAUGAAUCCCUCAAAGAGAGGUCUGUGCUAUGCAGCUGAACAUCCAUGUAGCCCCGUAUUAAAUAAACUAGUUAGCUGGUUCACUCUCUGAUCUAAGCAAGGAUUAGUCAGUAGCAUUGUUUCUGGCAACUUCCACCUGGGCUUGUCCUUAAUGUUACUCUGUUCAGGAUCUGUAGUAAUCAUGUGCUGGUGGAAGAUACUCUUACUGGUGAGAGAGCCAAGUGGAGCAGUUGGUCUGUUUAAUUAUCAUUCCCAGUAGCCUAUGUUGCUUGAUAAGAUCUUACUUAAGAAAUUCAUACGCCAUUUCUGACUAGUUGCCAAGCAGUCAUAUGUCAGUAUAUUGCACUUAGAAUACGUAAUCUGUCUCAGAAAGCUUGUUUGUUGAAGUGACUGGGAAAAAUUUAUUGACGGGCUGUUCCCAGUGCAGUGUUAAAGAGAAGUGGACAAAUUAAGGCGACAUAGUCUCUUUAUGUGUGAUAUUAAAUUUGUCCUAACUUUAAUACUCUCCUGUACUUCAAAAAGUGUUUUUAGAAAACUGAAAAGUGCUCCAGGGAUGAACUGUGUUUUGCAAAUACAGUGGGAGAUUAAAGAAACACAACUGAGUUUAGCUGAAGGAAGAAAAAGCAAUUCAUUGAAUUUGUCAGUUGGUUGAUGACCUGGUAGAGUUACCUGGAAGGAGAGAAUGAAAUGAGGGUCAGCAGCUGGUAGGUGACCUACUCAAAUACAGACUAGAAAAGCUGGAAGUUGUGAAGAAGAGGAACUGAGCUUUGAAGCAACAAAGAUGGGAGGAGGGUAAUAGAUUCUUGCAAGCUAUCAGUUGAUCAGGGAUAUCUUUCUAAAAUGAACUUUGGCCCGAAUUACAGCGUAUCAGUUUGUUUUAUAAAAUAGCGAAUGAUGUUGUUUAUGUCCUACUGCAGAAGUGGAGACCAGAAAACAUGAUCAUGCAAGGAAACAAAUCUGAGCAAAUUGACAGGGAACAUUAAGAUAAAACUUAUAUACUUUUCUCUAAGCUGCUGUGUUCAUAAGCAGAAGGAAGCUGAAGAGGACACAGCUUUAACCAGGCUGCAAAUGAGAGGGAGGCCCAGAACGUCUUGUAGCAGCAAAGGAGAACUUCUGUAAGGACUCUUGUAAACUUUUUACAAGGCAACUUCAAGUCAGAAGGGUAAAAAGAAAAGAAAAGGAAACAGAACCCGUCAGAGAUAGCUGAAGGAGCUUUAGCAGAUAUCCUUCAAAACAUUUCAGUGGAGCACCAGCUGAGCGACUGAGGCAAAAUUUCACACAAUAAAGGCUUUUGAGUGUACUUGACUAACAGACUAUGAGGCAUGAAAAAGUUUUAAGGUGUUCAACUGCUUCAGGCUGAGCAUCCUCUUCUUCCCCCAGGUGGAUCUAGGCUUCCAAGAAAAGCUUUCAGACAAUCCAAUGGCAGACCAAAGGAUGGACAUUUCUUCUACAAUUAGUGACUUUAUGUCACCGGACCCUGCUGACUUGAUUUCCAGUUCCCUUAGCACUUCAGGAGUGGAUUGUAAUCGGAAAAGGAAGGGAAGCUCUACUGAUUAUCAACUUGAUGGCUUUCCUUUUGAGGAAGGUAUGGAUACAGAUAAAGAUGACCAACAUGGAAGACUGGAGUACGCAGACCAACAAGGAAGAAUAAAAAAUGCAAGGGAGGCUCAUAGUCAAAUUGAAAAAAGGCGUAGAGAUAAAAUGAACAGUUUUAUAGAUGAACUGGCAUCCUUGGUACCAACGUGCAACGCUAUGUCUCGAAAGCUAGAUAAACUCACUGUACUGAGAAUGGCAGUCCAGCAUAUGAAAACAUUACGUGGUGCUACAAACCCAUAUACAGAAGCCAACUAUAAGCCUGCUUUUCUGUCAGAUGAUGAAUUAAAACAUCUUAUACUCAGGGCAGCAGAUGGAUUUCUUUUUGUUGUGGGCUGUGACAGAGGGAAGAUACUGUUUGUUUCAGAAUCUGUCUUCAAGAUCCUCAACUACAGUCAGAAUGAUUUAAUUGGUCAAAGUUUAUUUGACUACCUUCAUCCUAAAGACAUUGCCAAAGUGAAGGAGCAGCUAUCUUCUUCUGACACUGCACCACGAGAAAGGCUUAUAGAUGCAAAAACUGGACUCCCAGUUAAAACUGAUAUAACACCCGGGCCAUCACGACUAUGUUCUGGAGCAAGGCGGUCCUUCUUUUGUAGGAUGAAGUGCAACAGACCUUCAGUGAAAGUAGAAGACAAGGAUUUUCCUUCAACCUGUUCAAAGAAGAAAGCAGACCGCAAAAGCUUCUGCACUAUCCACAGUACGGGAUAUUUAAAAAGCUGGCCACCAACAAAAAUGGGACUAGAUGAAGAUAAUGAGCCGGAUAACGAGGGUUGUAAUUUAAGCUGUCUUGUUGCAAUUGGUCGGCUGCAUCCUCAUGUAGUACCACAGCCAGUCAAUGGUGAGAUCAGGGUGAAACCUACAGAAUAUGUUUCUCGACACGCAAUAGAUGGAAAAUUUGUUUUUGUAGACCAGAGGGCAACAGCCAUUCUGGCAUACUUACCCCAGGAACUUCUAGGUACUUCGUGUUAUGAAUAUUUUCAUCAAGAUGACAUAGGACAUCUUGCAGAAUGCCAUAGACAAGUUUUGCAGACAAGAGAAAAAAUUACAACAAACUGCUACAAGUUUAAAAUAAAAGACGGUUCUUUUAUUACCUUGAGGAGUCGCUGGUUCAGUUUCAUGAACCCUUGGACCAAAGAAGUAGAAUACAUUGUCUCAACAAAUACAGUUGUUUCCACCAACGUACUUGACAGCGGAGACACAGCCUUCCCACAGCUUGCAACUUCUCCACAUAGCAUGGAUAGCGUGCUUCAGGCUGGAGAAGGUGGCCCAAAAAGGAGCCAUCCUACUGUCCCUGGAAUUCCAGGAGGAACAAGAGCUGGGGCAGGAAAAAUAGGAAGGAUGAUUGCUGAAGAAAUCAUGGAAAUUCACAGGAUAAGAGGAUCGUCGCCAUCUAGCUGUGGUUCAAGUCCCCUGAACAUUACCAGCACACCACCGCCUGAUUCCUCCUCCCCUGGAAGCAAGAAGAUCCUGAAUGGUGGCACUCCAGACAUUUCUUCAGCAGGACUACUAUCUGGGCAAAUCCAAGAUAGCUCUGGUUACCCAUAUUCUGAUAACUCCUCUAUUCUUGGGGAGAACUCCCAUAUAGGCAUUGACAUGAUUGACAACGAUCAAGGAUCAAGCAGCCCUAGCAACGACGAAGCAGCGAUGGCAGUAAUAAUGAGCCUUCUUGAAGCAGAUGCAGGUCUUGGUGGCCCUGUAGAUUUCAGCGAUUUGCCGUGGCCCUUGUAAAUGAUGCACCUUGCUUCAACAUCCAAAUAUCAAAGUGCAUUUAUUGGUGGAGUUCUACAGUCUGUGAAACUCGUUGGAUGGAGAAGCUUUUAUGUAUGAAUUUCAUAAAAGCCAUAUCAGAACGCAACUCAUUCUACCAUGUGUAAUGUCAGACAAAGUGGAAUAACCCGCUACAGUGUUCCGUGUUGAUCUGGUUAGCUGUGUAUAGCUUGCAAUACCUGUAUAUUUUGGAUUCUGUUGUUUGAAUUUUUUUUUUUUUAAAAUCACUGUGCAACUCACUGGCAUCAGUGGUAGCUUUUAUAUGCAAAUGACCAUUUCAGAUGUAUGGUGUGUUUUUACACUGCAAAACAGUCCCCAUGUGGAUAUUUCUUAUACUAAUUGUACCAUAAAGCUGUUUAUUCUUUCUUGUAAGAAUCCUUUACUAUAAAUAUUGUUAAAGUGUAAUGUAUUAGACAGUUAAAUAUUUUUAAAAUAAAUGUUUCCCUUGUUCUAA